AUGAAACUCGUUCCUCUCACCUUUUUAUUAUUAUUUUUAUGUGUUUUUGAUUCGUGUCUAGCUCAAUUGAUAUCUCAACAAGAGCUCCUUGGAACUCAAGUUCAGGGAAGAUAUCAAUAUAUUUGUGGGUCUGAUCCAUAUAGAUUCUACUCGGAAUUUCCCUGCAACAUGUAUCCAGUUUGUAUAAAUGGAGGAUUCAAAAUCAAUGUUGGAUGCACUGCAGAUUAUCAAUGCACACCUUACAGCUCGAAUUCUGUUUGUGUUAACAAUUGCUGUUGUACUGUUCCGAGAAUUAUCGGAUCUGGGAUUGUCACAACUACACGAAGAUUCCUCGACGAUUCCGCGUCAAUUUUUAAUUCUUUUUAUGUCAUUGUGACUGUCGCAGCUGUUUUAUUGUUAUGA